AUGGCAAGCUCUGAGAAACCCGUGGAUCUGAGCUGGUGGGGCCGCACGACAUUCGAAAGAAAGCGGGAACGAGCCGCAAGAAUAGCCUUGCAGGUGGAGGCGAACGCCCUGGUCGUCUCGGAGUGGCGGAUAAGACGCGGACUACAAGCAGCAGCACCAGCAGCCUUGACUAAAAAAAACGAGAAGAAGGACUUCUAUCACAGAAACACUACUUCCUCGGGGACGAAAGGCUUCUCGACUAUUCGCGAAUGGCCACGUCGGCCCUCAGGUGGACCAGGAAUAGCAGCCCGUUUUCCUUCGGUGAAGAAAGGCAAACACGAAGUGGUACUCUCGAAUUUUAACCAUCCCGUGAGCGCCACGGCAUUGCGGCGGCCAUUCGUGGCGAUGAAGGAAGUACUCGGUUGGCAAUUGGCCGAAGAUGCAUCUCGGCUGGACUUGAAGCACGUGGAUAUCCAGAUACUAGGCAACAGAGAGGCUGCGAAGCGCUGGUGGGAGACUGUGUACGACCCAGAAAUCAGACAUCGGCAGCAGAGCGAUCGGUAUGAGGCGGAAGUGAGAGUGAGCAGAAAAGUCGAAGCUCUAUUGGCUACUACACAAAAACAGCAGGGAAGGACAAGGAUGAGGGCAUCGACGCGCCUACAAGAACGAGAGGAUUCUGCUCUGGGAGCGACUACAACAAGAACUGUCGACAAGAAAGCUUCGAUCAAUAAAACAACUACAUCAUCAAGGACUUCAACUGCCGCAACAGCAACUGGUGCAACAAAAGAGUUAAAGUUACAAAACGCUGGAGUUGUGUGGAGGGCAUUGCCGUUAUACGGGACGUCGCCUCUAGCUUGGUCAGAGUUUUUGGACGAGCAGGGUGUGGGCUUCUCCGCGCUCAGUAUUGCAGUGAAGUCGAGAGACGUCUCCUUUGCUGCAUUCCUCACUGAUAACGGCGCGGACCGCGAUCAAAUGCCCGGAUCCACGUUGGACCAUUGGGCGGAUUUUGCUCCUGCAGAAGAAACCUGGGAUCCGCUGACAAGGCAUGUGGUAGACAAGUACUUGUUUGCUACUACGAGGGAGUCAGUGUCGGGAGAUCCAGAUCGUCUUUCUCACGAGCUACCACCAUCACGCAGAGGUGGCGCAAGUUCCAAGUCAAACAGCAGCUCCCUCAGCACUACUGGGCGCUCUUGCACGACGGGCGCUGAACCUUUUGAGCGUCACGACUAUGAAUACCAGUCUUACAACUUGCACGCGAGUCUCCAACCCCUGGGAGGAUGUCUCUCCGCAAAAGCUGCGUUGGGAGCAAGAGCAAAGCAGGGCUCUAAGAGGAUGGAACGGCAUGGUGAAUGUCCCAUGGAUUAUGUCGACACCGAGUAUGACGCUUUAGCUGCCACUGCAGACGCAGGAGGUGGAUCAUCCCUUUACCAGGGGGGCGGGAGUGAAAGCGCGCGCAGCAGCGAUUCCCAAGAAGGAGGUCGUGGAUACAGCGGAGCCACGACGUGUCCCGAAGACGAGAAUCCGAACCUUCCUCCUCUCGCGAACGUUGGUGUACUAGCGCGUGAGGGAAGCAAUAUUAUUACCGGUGCGAACGCGAAGAAAAUGAAAAUGUCAGCGAAGCAGCAAGAGUUGUGGACGCUAGAGAAAUUGCGGACAGUGAUGACAGUGCGACGUCCAGUUGCGUGGCACUGUACUCAGGUGCUUCGGGCGCAACUACCUUGGUCUUAAGGCUGCAAGAAAUGCAUUUUGGUAUUGUUCCCCAGCAUCGAUUUUGGUCAUUUUUUUAAUAAUCGGAAAUCAACGGGAACCAAGACCGAUGGGUCUCAAGGAAGGUUUGUGGUAGUUCUAAUUUUAUCGCAUCGUUUCGUCAGAAUCGACAGUUGGAAAAUGAAAAGGGGCGUUUGCCGCACAGGAACAGGAGGGAAGGAGGUCCUUGGUAUGCAAAUGCAUUUUGACGAGCAUAGGAUGAUACCAGACUACGCAAAAACCGGUGCGGACUCCUGCUCGAACGAAGGAUCUUCGACCCCUGCUGCUCCUGCGGGAGAUGGGCGAAAGAUUUCGCAAAGUGUGUGUAGCGCGCUCCUCUGGAGAUCUCGGAGGAACAAGCCUCCCAAAAACGCAAUAGACGAUCCUUGGUUACAGCGGGAGCACUUGUGUACACUUCAGAAGCACGCUAGACCUAACCGGUGUAAGAGUCCCAACAGAGUGAUGUACAUGGAUCUUCUUCAUCCGUAUACAGCCUAAAAAGAUAACUUUUAAGAUGUACUUCAUUUUUGGCGUCGCAACUUGUUUACCAGACAGAUAACUCAGGAGGAACUAUCUCGUUGAAAAAUUACAGAUUUAUUAUCUCAUAGAUGAUUAUACCAAACGAUAGUGGAUUGGGAUUGAGUGGUGAUUCGUAAUAUUUUCGAAGUCUGGUUUCAUUGUUUUCGUUAACAGCCUGAGUCUAAGUAGUGAGUGGUCUUUCACUUUCCUCUUUCUCUCCAUAUCUUCCUCGCACCGUCUUUAUAUAUUGAAUGAGAGAACCAGAACUCGGCUUCAUCACUAUCUCUAUCAUGGAAGAUCACUAGCAGCAGCAGUUUGGUACUGGCUAGUCCUUGUAAUUUCUCUAGUAGUUCCACUUGCAGUACUAGCAGUAUCUUCAGACUACUCAGCUUUACUGAAGAAUAUCUGAGUUCUUCUAUCAACAUCUACAACAUAGGUCGCGGUAGUAGACUACAACAUAUAAAGAUUCUUCAUUAUCGAUCACGCUCGCGGUCGUAGACUACGCUAGCUCGUCUAUGAAGACUGACGUUGGUCCGUCGCAGCAAUUGGCACAAAUAUAAUUUAUUUGAUAUAUUUUUUUUCUCUGAGGAGGGUUUUGAGAUUGAGCUCUUCCUUCUUUUAUUGUAUUGAUUGUUUUAACAUGUAGCCACAUUGCUGAUGCAACUGUAAAUAUUCAGCGGUUGCACGUGCUGGUCGUGCAUGCACAUUGUCCAAGCAGAGUAUCUGCAUCAAUUCAUAAGAGCAAGGCGAGCCACCUGGAUUCGGGGCGAGUGCCUCCUCAAAGAUAUUUCAACUCGGUAUGCAUCCAGAGUACUGAGCAUGUUCCGAUCAUAAGAACAUCUAUUGAAAGUUCAU